AUGUUACAGCCCAUCAAUAAGGAGGCAGACCCAUGGGUCACACCUAUUGCUCAAACGGAUCACACAACUGGCGGGCCAGUUUUGCUGGAACCCCAGCCAGCGGCUGCACAGAAAAGUAAGACUCCUAUCAAGGCGGAUGAUGCGAGUUCACUUGAGCAUGCACCUGACCUGGCGGAAAACACCAAGGUGUACUGGUGGACUCGGUGUUCACACAAGCUUGGGACCGACAGGGAGGGCCCAUUUUUCUUGAAGUACUGGAAUGCGCCUGGUACUCUGGUGUGGUUGAGACUGCUGACGGACUGCCUUUCAUAG